AUGGUUAGGGUUAUUGAUGGUGUUGGAGAUGGUUUAGCGAGUGGUGGUAGCUUAUUCUUACUUUGUAUAGUGGUUGUCUCUCUCUUGAUGAUAUCUAUGAUAAUAUUUGGCUGUGGAGAUGACUCAGAUACACACAGGAAGCGUUAUAAGCACAGAAAGCGUCAUAGGCACGAUCAUGGGGCCGACAAUCAUGGAGCCAACAAUGGUGGUGCCGACGAUGGUGGUGCCGACGAUGGUUGUGCCAACGAUGGUGAUGGUGAUGGUGGUGCUAAUUGUGAUGGUACUGGCGGUGGUCACCACCAACAUAAUGGUGGUGCCGGCGGUGGUCACUACCACCACUGGGGUGCCGGCCACCACCACGAGGGUGCCGGCCACCUCCACGUGGGUGCCCACCACCACGUGGUGGCUGGCCACCACCACCAUGUCGAUCAUGGUGGUGGCGUUGGCGGUUUUGGUGGUGGUGGUUUCUAA